GCGCUCCCUCGCGCGCCGCCAUAUAAGCUGCGCGUACGCUCAAACCGGCACACGUGCUUUGUAACACACGACGAGCGCACGCCAGCCAUGCUCGCUAAGGUAGUUCUGUUAUGUUGCGCGUGUGCCGGGGCGCUGGCGGCGCCGGGCAUCUACGGCGGCGUCGGGUACGCCGCGCCCGCCUACGCCGCGCACGUGGCACCAGCCAUCGCUGCGCCGGCCAUCGCGCACUACGCCGCCCCAGCCAUCGCUGCGCCGGUUAUCCGAGCGGAGCCUGUAGACCCUAACCCAGCCUACAGCUUCUCGUACGGCGUGUCGGAUCCCCACACCGGCGACCAGAAGGACCAGCAAGAGACGCUGCAGAACGGCGUGGUGCACGGCUCCUACAGCCUGGUGGAGCCCGACGGGCACCUGCGCCGCGUCACCUACACCGCCGACAAGAUCAACGGGUUCAACGCUGUGGUGGAGAGGACAGGCGGUGCUCACGCGGCCCCCGUAGCCGUAGCGCCCGUGGCCAAGGUUAUUGCUGCGCCUGCGCCAGUCGCCGUGGCCGCCCCCGUCGCGCGAUACACCCUCCCCGUCGCCGCCGCCCACCCCUGGGGCUAAACCCCCCCGCUGACCCACCCCGUUGUAUUGUCGACCGAGGUAUAGAGCCUGGAAAACCGUCCCGGACCUUGUCAAUUCCAGAUAAAAAUUUGGAAUUUUUUAGGGUCCUUAUUUUUGAUAUAGGAACGGUUUAAGCAGUUGAUAGUAUUAUUAUGUUGGUAAGAAAAGAACAGCCCUCGUCUUCAAUACAGCGCCGCCACUGGACCUCGCACGAACGCACGGAACUACAAAUUGAUUGUUUAUUUAUUUCGUACUGCUUUGACUGUUGUCUACGGACUUGAUCUUGACGCGUUGUAUUACGUAUUUAAUGUAAAUAUAAUGUAUAGUUUUAAAAAAUAAAUAAAAGCAUUUUUUUGCGGUA